AUGGACAUGGGGACGGGGAUGACUCCACUAUCGGCAGAGAGGCCUCCCAGCAUCGCUGAGCACCAGAAGCCCAAGGACAUGUCUGCAGGUAGAGGGAAACACACACUAAGACACACACAUCAAUAACAGUGCCUACCUCAGUACCAAGUUACGUACCUCUCCAGGUUACGUACCUCUCAGUACCUACCAACAUCUUAAGCCAGCUCUUAGGGCCUAUGUGUAUGUCUUUGAGUAUGUCUGCCUGUCUGUCUGCCUGCCUGUCUAUCUGUCUGUUUGUCUCGCUCUCUGCCUGUCUGUCUCUCUGUCUGCCUGUCUGUCUCUCUGUCUGCCUGUCUGUCUCUCUCUCUCUGCCUGUCUGUCUGUCUCUCUCGCUCUCUGUCUCUCUCUCUGUCACUCUCUCUCUCUCUGCCUGUCUGUCUCUCUCUCUGCUGUCUGUCACUCUCUCUCUCUCUCUCUCUCUCUCUCUCUCUCUCUCUCUCUCUCUCUCUCUCUGUCUGUCUGUCUGUUGCUCUCUGUCUGUCUGUCUGUUGCUCUCUGUCUGUCUGUCUGUCUGUCUGUCUGUCUGUCUGUCUGUCUGUCUGUCUGUCUGUCUGUCUGUCUGUCUGUCUGUCUGUCUGUCGCUCUCUGCCUGUCUGUAUGUCGCUCUCUGCCUGUCUGUCUCUCUCUCUGCAUGUCUGUCUGUUUCUCUCUCUGUCUCUGUCUCUGUCUCUGUCUGUCUGUCUGUCUGUCUGUCUGUCUGUCUGUCUGUCUGUCUGUCUGUCUGUCUGUCUGUCUGUCUGUCUGUCUGUCUGUCUGUCUGUCUGUCUGUCUGUCUGUCUGUAUAUCGCUGUCUGUCUGCCUAUUGGGCAUGCAUGUAUGGCAUUUGUAAAAGUCAGUAUGCACACUAGAGGGUGUGCCACGAAACCUGACUAGCCGAUGCCAUCUGUCAGCCCGGCCCAUCCCCUCACCCCACUUAUCCAUCUGUCAGCCCGGCCCAUCCCCUCACCCCACUUAUCCAUCUGAAUGUCUCAUCAUACCAGUGCCAGUAUACCCAGCGGCAGCCAGCCCCUACCCCUCCUCCAUACCUCGUGCCCGGUUCAGUUGAUGACUUCUGGGUUUUGGCUGAGGGCUUAUGGGCUUAGGGCAUCAGGCAUACCCCCUGUGGGGUUCAUCUCCCAGUCCAACCCCAACUCCACUCCUGUGUAGACUAGACUAGAGCAUCCGCACCAAUGGAACUUCUUUGCUAAUGCCCUAUCUUGUCCACUGGGGGGCGCUAUAGCUAGAACUGUGGUUAUCUCACUCCACUCACUGGGGGAAACCCCUGCUGGGAAUACCUUACACCCUCAGUAGACCUCCGAUGGUAUAGAAUACUGUAUGUCAUCAUGUUUUGUCAGUCAGCAUUCUCCUAAUACCCCAGGGGUCACAUGGCUAUAGCACAGCUGAGACCCAGUGUCACUCUACUGCACAGGAAGUGAUCUGCACCAUGUCCCACUAGCCUGUUUGUGUGAAAGAGUUGUAGGCUGCAAGCAGAUUGAAAGCCUGAGGGUGAAAGAUAAACUUUGCAGGCAUCUGUUCACAAUCCUGCCUCUGGAGUGAUUCCAGACUCCAGAGCUUGCCUGUGUAGAGAAUAAUUCAUUCAGAACGCAAUAUGGCAAAACUAAUUUGAUCUGUACGAUAACUGAAUGCAUAUUGCGUUCAUGUUUACCCCUGAAAGACUCUCUUGCUAGUAGUGAGGAAAAAAAAGUGUCCUGGCUGUUAUGACUCAACAAUGCAGCAAACCCCUCCCUCGUCAGAGACACUCUACCUCAUGGGAAGAAUAACUACCACAACAAUUAGCAAACAAAACAAGUCAUUAAGUAUUAAUGUAUUACGUCUUAGUCAUGGUUAUGGUGAGGUGCCUUAUGUUUCCCUAUGUUACCGUUAGCCUAGCAUGCUAGUUAGCGAGGGGAAGGGAUGGGAACCCAGUGGAGCAGAAGUGCUGCAGUGACUCCCAGUACAUGCCAAACGGCAUCCUCCCGCUGUAUUAGUCAUGGAGCCAGUCAUCUGCAACCUGUGGUGAAACUGUACGACACCCACACUCUGGUUCUGUACUUGGAGAGAACCACGACGGCUACCUUCCUGUUGCUGUUCCAUCACAGGAACAGCUCUCCAGUGCAUUGGGGGAACAGCUCUCCAGUGCAUUGGGGGAACGGCUCUAAGUGCUGCUUUAUUGUCUCUCGCCUCUGCUCUAACAUUAUUACGUCAGUCUUGUUGUGUGUGUUUGGUUGAUUCAUGUAAAAUAUGACUCUCAAGAGAGAAACUUUAUUGGGCACUACAAAGAGAUGCUCCGUUUAGAAUUCCAGUAUUCAAAGGCCAGAGAGACAACUGGGGCAAAUUGGUCCAGCCUUACUGGGUAAUCACUUCCUCUAAAUCCCUUCCUCCUCCAUUGCUCCAUCCCUCCAUUCCUUCUAUACUCAGAACGAGCACAGCUUUACUGAGCAACUUGGCGGCACGGGGCUCUAGAAUUUAACUAGCUACCUCAUCAUUUCAAACAGUCCAGGGAAAGAAACAAUCCUGUAUCAAUCAAGAUAUGAUUGACCUUAAUGGAUGGCUAUACUGUACUUUAUAAACUGGGUGAUUCGAGCCCUGAAUGCUGAUUGGCUGACAGCCGUGGUAUAUCAGACCAAUAUACCACGGGUAUGACAAAAUAUACAUUUUUACUGCUCUAAUUACGUUGGUAACCAGUUUAUAAUAGCAAUAAGGAACCUCUGGGUUUGUGAUUUAUGGCCAAUAUACCACGGCUAAGGGCUGUAUCCAGGCACUCCGCAUUGCGUCGUGGUAUAUUGGCCAUAUACCACACCCCCUCGGGCUUUAUUGCUUAAAUCAAACUCCACCUCUGAUUUACUGCAUGAUGUUGUUCUAGAAAUGUAGAAAGAUAUUUUGUGUUUCCUGUUGCUAUAAUAGCAUCAUAGCUGUGUUUAUGUUUGUGUGUUGUACUGUGUGUUGUACUGUGUUGUACUGUGUGUUGUACUGUGUUGUACUGUGUGUUGUACCUGUGUUGUACUGUGUGUUGUACUGUGUUGUACUCUGUGUUGUACUGUGUGUUGUACUGUGUUGUACUCUGUGUUGUACUGUGUUGUAAUGUGUGUUGUACUGUGUGUUGUACUGUGUGUUGUACUGUGUGUUGUACUGUGUUGUACUGUGUGUUGUACUGUGUUGUACUCUGUGUUGUACUGUGUUGUACUGUGUGUUGUACUGUGUGUUGUACUGUGUGUUGUACUGUGUUGUACUGUGUUGUACUGUGUUGUAAUGUGUGUUGUACUGUGUGUUGUACUGUGUGUUGUACUGUGUUGUACUGUGUGUUGUACUGUGUUGUACUGUGUUGUACUCUGUGUUGUACUGUGUUGUACUGUGUGUUGUACUGUGUGUUGUACUGUGUUGUACUGUGUUGUACUGUGUUGUACUGUGUGUUGUACUGUGUGUUGUACUGUGUGUUGUACUGUGUUGUACUGUGUUGUACUGUGUGUUGUACCUGUGUUGUACUUGUGUUGUACUGUGUUGUACUGUGUUGUACUGUGCCUGUUUCUGUGCGCUUUACCAAUAUCUGUGUUUAUGUUUAUAUUUCUUGCAUUCAAUCACCCACUCACUAUGAAGUAAACACAUCUUUCUCCUCCUCCUAAAAUCCCAUUCAGUACUCCAGCAUGUCCCUAGGGUAACACUGAGUCAGUACUCCAGCAUGUCCCUAGGGUAACACUGAGUCAGUACUCCAGCAUGUCCCUAGGGUAACACUGAGUCAGUACUCCAACAUGUCCCUAGGGUAACACUGAGUCAGUACUCCAGCAUGUCCCUAGGGUAACACUGAGUCAGUACUCCAACAUGUCCCUAGGGUAACACUGAGUCAGUACUCCAACAUGUCCCUAGGGUAACACUGAGUCAGUACUCCAGCAUGUCCCUAGGGUAACACUGAGUCAGUACUCCAACAUGUCCUAGGGUAACACUGAGUCAGUACUCCAGCAUGUCCCUAGGGUAACACUGAGUCAGUACUCCAACAUGUCCCUAGGGUAACACUGAGUCAGUACUCCAACAUGUCCCUAGGGUAACACUGAGUCAGUAUCACGUCCUAGGGUAACAGAGUCAGUACAGCAUGUCCCUAGGGUAACACUGAGUCAGUACUCCAACAUGUCCCUAGGGUAACACUGAGUCAGUACUCCAACAUGUCCCUAGGGUAACACUGAGUCAGUACUCCACAUGUCCCUAGGGUAACACUGAGUCAGUACUCCAGCAUGUCCCUAGGGUAACACUGAGUCAGUACUCCAACAUGUCCCUAGGGUAACACUGAGUCAGUACUCCAACAUGUCCCUAGGGUAACACUGAGUCAGUACUCCAACAUGUCCCUAGGGUAACACUGAGUCAGUACUCCACAUGUCCCUAGGGUAACACUGAGUCAGUACUCCAACAUGUCCCUAGGGUAACACUGAGUCAGUACUCCAACAUGUCCCUAGGGUAACACUGAGUCAGUACUCCAACAUGUCCCUAGGGUAACACUGAGUCAGUACUCCAACAUGUCCCUAGGGUAACACUGAGUCAGUACUCCAACAUGUCCCUAGGGUAACACUGAGUCAGUACUCCAACAUGUCCCUAGGGUAACACUGAGUCAGUACUCCAACAUGUCCUAGGGUAACACUGAGUCAGUACUCCAACAUGUCCCUAGGGUAACACUGAGUCAGUACUCCACAUGUCCCUAGGGUAACACUGAGUCAGUACUCCAACAUGUCCCUAGGGUAACACUGAGUCAGUACUCCACAUGUCCCUAGGGUAACACUGAGUCAGUACUCCAACAUGUCCCUAGGGUAACACUGAGUCAGUACUCCACAUGUCCCCUAGGGUAACACUGAGUCAGUACUCCAACAUGUCCCUAGGGUAACACUGAGUCAGUACUCCAACAUGUCCCUAGGGUAACACUGAGUCAGUACUCCACAUGUCCCUAGGGUAACACUGAGUCAGUACUCCAACAUGUCCCUAGGGUAACACUGAGUCAGUACUCCAACAUGUCCCUAGGGUAAACACUGAGUCAGUACUCCAACAUGUCCCUAGGGUAACACUGAGUCAGUACUCCAGCAUGUCCCUAGGGUAACACUGAGUCAGUACUCCAACAUGUCCCUAGGGUAACACUGAGUCAGUACUCCAACAUGUCCCUAGGGUAACACUGAGUCAGUACUCCAAACAUGGUCCCUAGGGUAACACUGAGUCAGUACUCCAACAUGUCCCUAGGGUAACACUGAGUCAGUACUCCAACAUGUCCCUAGGGUAACACUGAGUCAGUACUCCAACAUGUCCCUAGGGUAACACUGAGUCAGUACUCCAACAUGUCCCUAGGGUAACCACUGAGUCAGUACUCCAACAUGUCCCUAGGGUAACACUGAGUCAGUACUCCAACAUGUCCCUAGGGUAACACUGAGUCAGUACUCCAACAUGUCCCUAGGGUAACACUGAGUCAGUACUCCAACAUGUCCCUAGGGUAACACUGAGUCAGUACUCCAACAUGUCCCUAGGGUAACACUGAGUCAGUACUCCAACAUGUCCCUAGGGUAACACUGAGUCAGUACUCCAACAUGUCCCUAGGGUAACACUGAGUCAGUACUCCAACAUGUCCCUAGGGUAACACUGAGUCAGUACUCCAACAUGUCCCUAGGGUAACACUGAGUCAGUACUCCAACAUGUCCCUAGGGUAACACUGAGUCAGUACUCCAACAUGUCCCUAGGGUAACACUGAGUCAGUACUCCAACAUGUCCCUAGGGUAACACUGAGUCAGUACUCCAACAUGUCCCUAGGGUAACACUGAGUCAGUACUCCAACAUGUCCCUAGGGUAACACUGAGUCAGUACUCCAACAUGUCCCUAGGGUAACACUGAGUCAGUACUCCAACAUGUCCCUAGGGUAACACUGAGUCAGUACUCCAACAUGUCCCUAGGGUAACACUGAGUCAGUACUCCAACAUGUCCCUAGGGUAACACUGAGUCAGUACUCCAACAUGUCCCUAGGGUAACACUGAGUCAGUACUCCAACAUGUCCCUAGGGUAACACUGAGUCAGUACUCCAACAUGUCCCUAGGGUAACACUGAGUCAGUACUCCAACAUGUCCCUAGGGUAACACUGAGUCAGUACUCCAACAUGUCCCUAGGGUAACACUGAGUCAGUACUCCAACAUGUCCUAGGGUAACACUGAGUCAGUACUCCAACAUGUCCCUAGGGUAACACUGAGUCAGUACUCCAACAUGUCCCUAGGGUAACACUGAGUCAGUACUCCAACAUGUCCCUAGGGUAACACUGAGUCAGUACUCCAACAUGUCCUAGGGUAACACUGAGUCAGUACUCCAACAUGUCCCUAGGGUAACACUGAGUCAGUACUCCAACAUGUCCCUAGGGUAACACUGAGUCAGUACUCCAACAUGUCCCUAGGGUAACACUGAGUCAGUACUCCAACAUGUCCCUAGGGUAACACUGAGUCAGUACUCCAACAUGUCCCUAGGGUAACACUGAGUCAGUACUCCAACAUGUCCCUAGGGUAACACUGAGUCAGUACUCCAACAUGUCCCUAGGGUAACACUGAGUCAGUACUCCAACAUGUCCCUAGGGUAACACUGAGUCAGUACUCCAACAUGUCCCUAGGGUAACACUGAGUCAGUACUCCAACAUGUCCCUAGGGUAACACUGAGUCAGUACUCCAACAUGUCCCUAGGGUAACACUGAGUCAGUACUCCAACAUGUCCCUAGGGUAACACUGAGUCAGUACUCCAACAUGUCCCUAGGGUAACACUGAGUCAGUACUCCAACAUGUCCCUAGGGUAACACUGAGUCAGUACUCCAACAUGUCCCUAGGGUAACACUGAGUCAGUACUCCAACAUGUCCCUAGGGUAACACUGAGUCACAGUAUUACCAUUCAAUCCCUCCCUGUGACUAUUCAUUAACACAGGGGUACUGGGGCAACGGGCCAAUUAGAAUGCCUGAGGGAUUUAUACCCAUGUUGCAUUUUGAGUGUUCAGUGGCAAAUGACAAAUUGCAGCCCCUGUAUAGAGCCAGUUCAGUUACGUUGAGUGGACCUGUCUACAGCUGCACAUUAUGACUGUUACUACUCUCAUUUCCUUGACUGCACAGUUGAACAUGGUUUUGAGGCCUUUGAAGUUCACGCUUUUGUCUGGAUGAGAAAUGCAUUGCGAGAGCGAGUGAAAGAGUGUGUAUAUUUGUGUUUUAAACUCUCUUCCCUCUUCACACACGAGGUGCCCAGGGCGAUGGCUGGCCAGACGAGGCUUGCAUUCCCACCGACCUGCCGUUCACCCCAAGCGUCUCCACAGUGAUCAGUCGCCAUGCCAGCCACCUGGCGGCCAGCCCCGAAGAGGAGAGGGAGAGCAACGAGAAAAACGACUGCAAACAACAGCAGAAGAAGAAGAAGAAGAGGAGGCCCCGAGACGAGGUGUGUGACAGGGGCCAACCGGAGGCUCAGGCUGAGAACACACUCCUGUCAGAGGGCCACCACAGGGUCUCCCCCUGCAAGGACAGGGACAGGAUGGAGGGGGGCUGGGAGCAGGAAGAGCCAGGGAGACGUGGAGGCAGGGGAAAGAGGGGCAAGAGCAGGAAGAAGCUUCCAGAAGAGUGGGGGUUUACCGCCGAGCUCCCUGAGGGGGUGUUAGACCAACUAGUGCCCCCCAUCGCCCAGCCCCUGGAGAACCCCUACUCUAGCAUAGGUAACAUGGGGCUGAUCCCUGCCAGUGAGGACUUCUACCCAGACGAGGGCCUCUUCCCUCCAUCUCUCACCCAGGAUCUGCUCUCUCUCAUGGCCCCCACCUCCCCUCCACCGGCCAUGGGCUGUGAUGUCCUGCCCACCCUCCCCGUCUCCAUGCCCACCAGUCAGGGAGACUUUUCACCCAAAGGCACCUUCCCCAUGGCCCCGCAUCCUGGAGACCCAUUCACCGCCAGCUACCAAGACCUGCUCAUGGAUACAGAGACCGCCAGCCUGGGCAAUAACAAAGAGGCCUUCUCCCCAACUUUUUCCCUAGAUUCCCCAGUUCAUAAGUCAGGGGUCAAAGUGAUAUUUGAUCAUGAGACCUCAAUGCAGGAUGUCCAUAUGAAAGAUGCCAUGAGUUUUAGCCCCACACACCAACCAGAUUGUGGCCUAUCACCAUUGGAGAAGCCCAGUGAGCUCACAGCGACCGCACCCCCUUUCUCCCCCUCCGACAGCUCCUGGCUCAUCCUCGACUCCCACUGCAACAACAACAACGACUCCUUUGAGUUCAGUGACAUCACUCCAGGGCGCCCCCUACCUGUGGGCUUGGCCUUCGACACACCCAGCCCAGUCCCCCUCCACUCCCCCAAAACCAUACCUGAAUUCUACCCCAGCGGGGGCAAAGAGGCCAAAUCCCCAUCACAGAAGAUACCCAAGAAGUCCCGCUCCUCUUCCUCCCCCUCUCUCACCAAAAGCCCCACCUCCCCAGGGUCCGGCCUGAACCCCGCCGCCAAGCCCUUCUUCCCCAGCUUCGCCGACCCCACGGAGCCCCUCACCGUGGUGGUGGCCCCCAUGUCUGAAGGUUUGUUGCAGUGGCAUGUGCUCUCCACUAGGGGAAUUAGAGGAGUCGACCAAUACCUUGCAUGGGCAUGUGGUUCUACGUCUGGGCUGGGACCGACCCAAUAG